ACCUCCAUUCCUGGCGCUGCAGUCUGAUAGAGAUUGCUCACACGCGGCUCCGUUCAUAUCAUGAGGAUUCGCACGCAAACUCUUCCCGACAGUGGCGGAAAGGCAGCCAUUAUCAUCUCAUCUCCCCGUAGCCGCAGCCUUCAUUUUCCUUGGAAUCUACGGCAAAGUUUCUCUGCAAACAUCGCCACGGUGAAAUUGGUGUGGUGGCCAGUUGCAGCGAUGGGGAUGGUGGCCUCCAUGUGCACGGAGCCGAUCAAGCGCCGGCGAGCGGAGAAGGACCUCGACGCCAAGGUGGCGGCGGCGCUGCGGGAGAGGGCCAGGUCCCGGCAGCGGAACUUCCGGACGGUGAACAGCAUCACCAUGCGCCUGCCCCGCUUCAAGGACGGCCUCAGGGACAUCAAGGACGUCUUCGACCAGUACGACGAGGAUUCCGACGGCACGAUCGACAACGACGAGCUGCGGAGCUGCCUGGGCAAGCUCCUGGUCCAGAUGUCCGACAAGGAGGCCGACGACGUGCACCGCUACUGCGACAUCGACCGCCGGGACGGGAUCCAGUUCCAGGAGUUCGUCGUCCUCCUCUGCCUCUUGUACCUGCUCUUCGGCCCGGACGUCACGCGCCGCGUCUCCGAGUUCGAGUCGGCGAAGCUCAACCGGGUCUUCGACGACCUCAUCGACGCCUUCCUCUUCUUCGACAAGGACGGCGACGGCAAGUUGGAGAGGAAAGACGUCACCCGGAGGAUGAACGAGGCGUCACACCAGGAGAGGACGCCCAGCCACAUAACGGCGCAGCUAUUCAAGGAGAUGGACCUCAACAGGAACGGGAAGGUGAACCUCAAGGAGUUCCUCUACUCCAUAGUCAGAUGGGCAGGCCACGAGACCGAAGACGACGAUGCCAGCAAUGAGGGCUCUCCCUAGUUACAUGAAGGGCGCUGCUAGCGCGUGGAUGUCCGAUGGGAACGUCUCCCAUUGGACAGUCAAGAAAAUGCGUCUGCAACAUAAAAAAAAUCAACAUGUGCAACAUCAAAGAAGCAUACACUGCGACUCAUCAAAGCAUCGGGGUGCGUGAGUAAAAUUCUCGCCGCAACAUUGGAGCUUUGUUUCAUGCAACAUCCAUUUCAAAUCAUGGUUUUAAAUAGCGAGCUAUGACAAAUAACGACGUAUUUUCCCCCGAGGCUAUGAGGCUAUAGCAAGCUAUGACAAAUAGCGGUUUACUCCUAAAUCAUAAAAAAUACAUGUAAUGGAUGCACAAAAAUAUAGUAAUUAGCGAAUUUAAUAAAUAUAAAUAUGUUUCUAGGGC